GUACCGGGGCGGGACCCGCAGCUGCAACACAAAUGAUAUGGCGCAUCAAAAUAGAGAAGGCUGGUGCUUCGGUUUUGUUUAGUGCAAUUUAUUCCAGUUUAUAUGCAGCCAGUUUCCUCAUGAGUACUCUCUAGACCAAGUCUGUGUCGCAGCUUUAAAUUGAACAACUUCCGGCUUCUUGUAAACGUAAUUUUUAAUCCACAUUCCUUUUGCCAGUCAUGAAUGCUAAUUACGCUAGCUAAGUGCGAUUACGCUAGCUAAGUGCGUGCUUCAUAAUUUAUAACAACAGACGCUAACGUUAGCCUGUGCUACAAGACACUUUGAGGGUAGAAGACUUGCAGAAUGGCCUUAACGGAGGAAGAGGAUGGGAGUCCCGGUGGUGAAGGAGGAGAGUCCAUAGUACAAGCCUGUGUGUUGGGGGGCUUCAGUGAGAGCAGCGAGACCAGAGCGCUCAUCUCCGGCCUGCCGGAGGUCCACGGGGACUUGGUGACAUGCGAGUCCGCCGCACAGAGGUUCUUGGUGAUAAUGAACAGAUAUCAAGAGCAGCCUCAUCUGCUGGACCCACACUUAGAAUGGAUGCUGAACCUGAUCCUGGAGCUUGUGAGGAGUGAGAAGUCUCCCCCUUCAUUGGUUCAUUUGAGCUUCAAGUUUCUCUACAUCAUCUGUAAGGUCAGAGGAUAUAAAAUCUUCAUGCAGCUUUUUCCCCAUGAGGUGGCAGAUGUCCAGCCAGUUCUGGACCUGCUGUCCAGACAGGAUCCCAAAGACUCUGAGACUUGGGAAACUCGUUACAUGUUGUUGUUGUGGCUAUCCAUGACCUGCCUCAUACCCUUUGACCUUUAUCGUCUGGAUGGUCAUCUGGAGUCAGACAGCGGCAAGGCCAGAGAGCCCAUCAUGGACCGGAUUCUAGCUAUUGCAAAGUCUUAUCUACUCGUCAGUGACAGUCCUCGGGAUGCUGCAUCUGUACUGGUAUCAAAGUUCAUGACACGCCCUGAUGUGAAACAGAAGCGCCUCGGUGACUUUCUGGACUGGAGCCUGACCACUAUAUCCCAGACUGAUGACAAGUCAAUGAGAGACAUAAUAGUGCUCGACGGUGCCCUGCAGUCUCUGGCAAAGCUUUUCAAACAUGGAAAAAGAGAUGACCUCCUGCAGUAUGCUCCUACAAUCAUGCAGUGUCUGGAGAAGAAACACCUCUCAGAGAGCAACCAGGCCAUGCUGAGGAAGCUCGGUGUCAAACUGAUCCAGAGGCUUGGCCUCACCUUCCUAAAGCCACGUUUGGCCGCUUGGAGGUAUCAGAGAGGCAACCGCUCUCUUGCAGCAAACCUCUCCAUGUCCCAAUCGACCACCGGCGCUGCAGCUGUGACUCCUGAAGUGGAGACACAAGAAUUGGAGCAAGACUAUGACAUUCCUGAGGAAGUGGAGACUGUUAUUGAGUAUCUGCUGGGGGGACUGAAAGAUAAAGAGACAAUCGUGCGCUGGUCUGCAGCAAAGGGCAUUGGGAGGGUUACUGGGAGGCUUCCCAAGGAGCUGGCAGAUGAGGUGGUUGGAUCAGUGCUGGACUGCUUCAGCUUCCAAGAAACCGACAAUGCUUGGCAUGGAGGCUGCUUGGCACUGGCAGAACUUGGUAGGAGAGGCCUGCUGGUGCCUUCCAGGUUAACAGAUGUUGUGCCACUCAUUGUCAAAUCCUUGACCUAUGAAGAAAAGAGGGGAGCGUGCAGCGUCGGUUCCAACGUGCGUGACGCUGCCUGCUACGUGUGCUGGUCUUUCGCCAGAGCUUAUGAACCCAAAGAGCUCGAGCCUUUUGUCUCUCAGCUUGCCAGCACUUUGCUGAUCACAGCUGUGUUCGACAGAAACGUCAACUGCCGCAGAGCUGCCUCUGCUGCCUUUCAGGAGAAUGUCGGCCGACAGGGGACAUUUCCUCAUGGUAUUGACAUCGUGACUACAGCAGACUACUAUGCCGUUGGGAAUCUCAACAACUGCUAUCUGAACAUCAGUGUCUACAUAGCAAGUUUCCCAGAGUACACUAAGGCCAUGAUAGACCAUUUGAUAAGCAUGAAGAUCAACCACUGGGAUGGUGUGAUCCGAGAGCUGUCCACUAAAGCACUCCACAACCUGACGCCUCAAGCACCUGAUUACAUGGCAACAACAGUGUUACCACAGCUGUUGCCCAUGGCAGUGGGUAUUGACCUCCACGGACGCCAUGGAGCCAUCCUGGCAUGUGCAGAGAUAACGCACGCUCUGUACAAACUGGGCCUUCAGACCAACAGGUCUGUGGUGGACACUAUUUCUCCAGAAUGUGUUGACGCAUUAAAAAACAUUCACCAGAUGCUUCAUGACAGAAAGCAGUACAGGGGUUUUGGUGGAGAGCUAAUGAGGCCAGCAGUGUGUGGUCUUAUUGAAAAGCUGUCCCUGUCCAAAAUGCCUUUUAAGAACGACCCUGUAAUCACUGGCUGGCAGUGGCUUAUUGACGACACCAUAAAGACUCUCCAUCUUGUUUCGAGUGGUGUGAAGGACGCCAUUGCGGUGGCUGUGGUAUCGGCCUUGUCUGCCCUGUGUGAGGAGUACUACCAGGCCCAGCCAGGCCAGGCUGAAUCACAAAUACAGGAUGUCCUGGUAACUCAGUACAUCGAAGGACUGAAGAGUCCUCAGAUGCUGACUCGCUGUGGGUCUGCCCUGGCCCUCGGCUGUCUGCCACGAUUUAUGAUCCACAGCAAACUGAAGCAGAUUCUUGAAGGCCUGCAGCAGAUGUGCGCCGUCAGCCAGGAGGAGGGCAGUUUCACAGAGGCGAGGAAAGAUGCAGUUAGAGCUAUUGCUCAAGUGUGUGUGAAAGCAGGUGUGUGUGCCGACAGCUCCCCAGACUCUGCUCUAUGCUCAGACAACGUCACAGAGGUGUACGGCGCUCUGCUCAACUGCAUGAAUGACUACACGACAGACAGCAGAGGGGAUGUAGGUGCUUGGGUGAGAGAAGCAGCGAUGACGAGUCUGAUGGAUGUGACUCUGCUGGUGGCCAGCAGCGCUCCUGAGAUCCUUUUGCCAGACUUGGUGAAGUCCAUGAUGUGCUGCAUGGCCCAGCAGGCAGCAGAGAAGAUUGACCGCUACAGAGCCCACGCCGGCUACAUUUUCCUGAGCCUCCUCCACAGCACGGACCCUGCAGUACUUCACAUCCCCCACCGAGAGGAGCUGUUAAGCAUUUUUCCUGUUGAGACCACAACCACUCUGAACUGGAAAUCUCCAUCACAAGCUUUCCUUUAUAUCACCCAGCUGCUUGGGCUGCCCCAGUAUCAGUACCACACCCUGCUGGGCCUCACAGUGUCUGUGGGGGGGAUCACUGAGUCCACAGUGCAUUUUUCUUCCCAGUCAUUAUUUGACUAUCUGAGAAAGAUCCAGGAAGACAGUGAUGCGCUGACACAGUUUGGAGAUACAUUGCUUAACGUCUUCAGAAAUAAUCUCCGCAAUGACAGGGUGUCUAUUCCUUUCCUUAAGAUGCUCAAUCAGAUGCUUGCUAACAGCUGCUUUGAAAUCUUCACCACACAAGAGAAUCAUCCAUUCUGUGUGGACCUGUUGGCUCUUAUCAAAGAGUUCAAGAAGACCAAAGAUAUUUCCAAGCUGCGCGCCUGUGUAGCUGUCUUCUGUGGGCUGAUUCAGUUCCAGGGUGAGGUGAGGAAGAAGGUUUUGUCCCAGCUGCUGAUGCUGCUCUGCCAUUCCUUCCCUGUGAUCAGAAAGACCACAGCCAGCCAGAUGUACGAGAUGAUGCUGACCUACGAUGAUGUCAUAGAUCCAGAAGUGUUGGAUGAUGUCAUGACCCUGCUAAGUGACACUAAUUGGGAGAGCGACAUCGCCACGGUACGGACCCACAGAAAUCAGCUCUGUGAUUGGUUGGGAGUCCCCAGGCCACAAGCAAUUACCAAGCAGAGUCCUGCCCAGGUUUCAUGAUCACCUGAAAUCAUAAACACCAGCUGAGAAUCACACAGGAGGAUGACAUGCUGUAAGAGUUAGGAAAUGGAUCUGCUCCUCUAAAGCUUACCUGUAUUGACAGUUUAACAAGAUAAUAAACAGAUGAAUAACA